CAUGAACAAAACUACUAACAACAUGACAUAAUGGACUAUCUAAAAUGUGUAUCUUCAGUUGUGGAUUGAAGGUCUAGAAGGACUAGAAGCAAAAACUUUGGAGAAGUGACCCUGAAGGAUCACAAUUACAUCUGGAUAAGUUCUUUCAUCCUUGUUAUGGUGUUGUGGAAUUUGGAAGCAUGGGGGUUGAACAUGAUUCUUCUCAAAAUACAAUUACAAUACUCAGGGGCUCCUUGCCUCCCAAGAUCUGUCACACUGUGCAUCAUAUGUGUCAUUGUUGAGCCACCUCUGUGUACCCUGCAGAUGACUAUGCAGUGUCAAACAUUAUUGUUCAUCACAGCUUCUCGCAGGAUGUGCCAAGAUCUCAAGAGAUAUAGAUAUUUGCUCAAAAAUUCAACAACUUGUGUGAUAUAAUUAGUCUCUGAUAUCAAUAUUAUUAGUAGAAAUAUUUUUCUUGUAAACUCUUUCAUUGACAGGUGGUGGAAUCAAGCACAAAUACCACUGGAUAGACUGGAAACGUUUCGGCCCUACAGAGGGGCCUCCAAUGGAAGAAAAAGUACUAAAAAUUAUCAUAGAUGGUUGUAGAACAGCACAUGUUGCUCUUAUAGGUCAGGGUGACAAAUUAAGAUAUAUACUAGCUACUGAGAAUAUGAAGCCUGGAGAUGUCAUCAAGACUUCUAGUCAUAUUCCCAGAAUACCUGUAAGAGCCAAAGAAGGUGAUGCAUAUCCAUUAGGAGCAUUACCAUUGGGCACCCAAGUGCAUUGCAUAGAAAAGUACCCUGGAUUGGGUGGGUUCCUGGUCCAUGCAGCUGGCACAUAUGCUACUAUUGUCCGUAAGGCUCCUGGGGAUAGAGUUGUGGUUCAAGUGCCCUCCAAGAGAGAAUUUAGUUUACCUGCUAUCUGUAUGUGCACUGUUGGAAGAUUAAGCAACAUAGAUCAUAUCAAUACUCCAAUUGGUUCGGCACAAAGAAAUCGGGAGUUAGGAAACCGACCGAGAUCAGGCUUGUGGCAACGAAAGAAGGGCUGUCAUGGUAGGAAACUACGUCGGCCACCGCCUUGCAAGGAGAUCAAUCCAAAGACCCUGGAUGAUGAACCUGUUAUUCAAUUAACGUGCCUAAGGCCUUUUUGUAAACAACCAAGGAAUCAGUUUCAUUAUUAAUAUAUAAUAAAUACAUUAUAAAACCA